GCAAAGCAUCGUCAUUAUAGAAACGGAAUCGCGAAGAAUCAGAUACAAAUACCGACUUCUACAGAUCGUUUUCUUAAGUGCCAACCUGUUAGUGUUCGCUAUGUAAACGCGGUGACUUAAGGACAGAUAAAGAGUUACAAAGAGGAUACUAAAUCCGCUCAAUUGACAGUUAAAUUCCAUUUACAAGUCUAUAAAUCCGGUGAAGCAGUGAAUCAUGGCGCCCUUCUACAAGCGCAUCUGCCGCAGUCUUUCAAAGCGCUACAAGGAGCCCUCGUUAAGUCUGGACAACACAGUGGAGACGCUGCUAAUCAAGAACGAGGGGGACUUCAUCAGCGUGGAGCAGGGCAAGGAGCUGGUGGCUCGGAAGCGCAACUCGCAGCAGCUGGCCCAUCCGCCGACGCAUCUGCACCACCACCCACAGACCCAUGCCCACAACCAUCACAAUCACAACCACCAACAGCAGCAGCAGCAGCAACAACAACAGCAGCACAAGCGGGACGAGAACAUGAGGCAGCUGCUGGAUGUGACCAACACGCUAACCAUCGAGGAGCUGCGCGACUUCGAAAUGCGAUAUGGCUCACCACAUCACAGCCGCUCGCAAUCGGUGAAGAUGCCCGGCAGCAGGGCGUCGGGAAGGCCAAAUCAGUUGUGCCUCCCCCAGCAGAGAUCCAGAGUGGCUUCCAUGCCGAACACUGGAGUGGAGGAGGAGUACUACAGGCUGCGCCACUUUUCGAUCACUGGCAAGGGCGUAGUUAACCGCGGCGAUUCCUUAAAGAGCCGACGCAGUCGCUCCAACAACAGCGUUGCCAGUUCGAAUUCCAGCACCGAGCACUUGACUGCCCAGCAGCAGCUGUCCGCCCCCGCAUCCGUAUCCGCCCGAACCUCGUUGGCCUCCAGCAGGGAGAGCAGCACAUCCAAUCCAGGCAAUGGUCCAUACAGGGUCCUAAUGCUAGGUGGUCCUGCCGUGGGCAAGAGUUCGCUUGUCUCGCAGUUCAUGACGUCGGAGUACCUGCACGCCUACGACACGAGCAUCGAUGACGAGUCUGGCGAGAAGGCCGUUUCAGUAUUACUCAGUGGGGAAGAGUCCGAGCUGAUAUUCAUCGACCAUGGAUACACCGAAAUGACCCCGGAUGAGUGCCUGACCAACUACGAUCCGCACGGCUACUGCGUCAUCUACUCGGCCGCGGACAGGAGCAGCUUCAGCGUGGCGGAGCAGGUGCUGCAGGUGCUCUGGACCAAUCAGAACAUCGCCCAGAAGGCAGUCAUCCUCGUUUCGAACAAAGCGGACCUGGCCAGAAGUCGACUGGUCACCUCCGAAGAGGGCAAGGCCAUGGCGACCGCCUACGAUUGUAAAUUCAUCGAGACCUCGGUGGGCAUUAAUCACAACGUGGACGAGCUGCUGGUGGGUCUGUUGUCACAGAUACGCCUUAAGCUGGAGAAUCCCGAGAAGUCCAGGGAUCUUUUCCGUAAGCGUUCGAUAAGAAAGUCAAAGAGACGCGCCUGCUCCCCGCUGAAUGCAGGAUGCCUGAAUGCCAAUACCCCGCUGGGUCCGCUAGGAGAGACAGUGUCCACGCCCCCUGGCAGUGCCCAAAGCAGUCCCCGCAAAUACCGUGGUUCAAGGACCUCGACCAGCCUGAAAGUCAAGGGACUUUUGGGCCGUGUCUGGACGCGGGACUCCAAGUCCAAGAGCUGCGAGAAUCUGCAUGUACUCUAAGCAAAGAAAUAAUCCAAAGUGUAUCCCAAAAUUUUCCUAUAGAGUAUGCAAGAUCCUAGGCAUAACUAUUAACUAAGUUAAAGGCAACAGACUCGACAACUACCGGGGGUAUUAUUCCCAACUGUACAUAUUGUGUAUAAUUUUAGCUUUAAUUUACGCUAGUCACUUCCCCUUAUUAAUCAUUGUAUAUAUUUUGUCUAAAUAUAAAGCUAUUAUUUCUAA